UAAGUGAGCCCAAAGUUUUGAACGCUAGUGUACUGUAAUGUCUCCGGGUCCCGUUAAAUAAUAAAAGAAGGAUGCCUCGCUUGGAUGUGUUGAUCGUCUUGUACUUGAUUGCCACCCGCGCAUUACCACCAACCCCGUUGGACACCAAGCAAGCAACCCUCUUUCCGGAGUCCCCCACACUUCGCCACCAGGGGCGCUACACAUACAUGGCACAGUAUCGUGACAGAUCUGCUGUGAACAUGACAUGUCCAUCCAUUCAUCCAUCCAUCCAUCCGUUUGUUUUGAAAAUCAACUCUCUGUGUUGUGUGUGUGUCCCAGGAGCAACUGCAGUUGAAACACCAGCCACUCGAACCUUUGACGACUAUGAGUGUUCUGGAAAUGUGCUGACUGACUUUCCUGGCCUCUGUGCUCUUUUGGAUAUGAAAAAUAUCCCCGCUCUCAAGACCAGAUCCAGUUCCGCCAACCAAGAAAGCGCCACAGGUGGCAGGCUGGCCCACAAAAAGGCUGCGCACGAUGUGUUUAAGCCAAUACUCCAAGUGGAGCUGGAAAAUGGAGACCCUUAUUGCACGUUUAGCAUAAAGAUCUUUGGAUGGACUGUAGACGAAGCAAUCAUCCGAGUCUUGAGUAAGAUCCUUUCUGCCUCCGCUACGCUUCACACCAUUUACUUUUGGCAGGCCGGACUGACGGAUCCAAUGAUAAUGGCCCUGGUAAAUGCAGUAUGUAUGUGCGCCAGCCUCAGAGUUAUUACAUUCGAGGGCAAUCCUCUGGUGGAUAACAACCACCACCUUCUAUUUUGUGAAGGAAGCAGCCUGACUCACUUGAACCUACGCAACAAUCGAAUCGAAGAUGAGGGCGCACGUCUUCUCGGGGCCGCUCUCUCCACCAGCACGUCGGCCAAUUGGAACCUGACCUCGCUCAACCUCUCGUUCAACCACAUCGGUGACGUUGGCGCCGGGCAUAUUGCAAAGGGCCUGCGCUUCAAUCGUUCUUUGCUGUUUCUCUCACUGUCCAACAAUCAGAUUGGAGACUCGGGAGCUACACAACUAGCCACGAUUUUCGGUGAGGUUGUGCUUACUCAUGAAGAAAUUGUGCAGAGGAGGAAACUACUCCUGGAAAAAAGACAUCCUUCGUCCGUUUCGGUGGAUGCGGACCAAUCGUGUGCCGCCAAGCUGUCCAGCGACCGACUGCCGUCUUUAGCCAGCAACGCCUCGCUUAACUCCAAUAAAGGGGAGAACAAGAAUACUGCAAAAAAACGGGAAUCGUCCAAAGCGGAUGGCAAACGAGCUCCCAACAAAGAGCCAAAGUGUCCUAAAAAAUGUAAAGACUUCUAUUACUCGCCAGCACUUGUGCUUGAAUGCUCCAUCUAUCCAUUGUGUGUACUGCUAGGUUCGCGGGUAUGCUGGAGCAUACGAGGGAGGCGGGUUGAAGGUCAAGACAUGGAGGAAAAAAACCAUGUGUAUGAUCAGGAGCACAAAAAGUCAGUGGAGAUGGUGAGCCCCCUCCUGAACGAAUGUGUGCAGCAAAGGGACGGCGGAGAGCUUAUUCUGCCCGGAAACACCACUCUGGCCUCCCUCAGCCUGGCGGGAAACAGGAUCACUGAGCGCUCACUGCCUCACUUCCUGGCAUCCUUGCAGAUGCAAGAGGGAGGUAAAGGUCUGCUGCGUCUCUGUCUGCAGAGAAAUCCAUUUGCUGCAGACUGUGAGCCCUAUAUGAAGAUAAAGGAAGUGAUGGCACUCAGAGACCCUAUGAACAAAAAAACGGAAGAGCCGCCAGUUGAAGAGGGUGAGGGCUCGCAAUCCUCAGACAGUUGAACUCGACCACAAAAGUCAAAUUCUCUUUUAGACACUUUGGAAAUGUACAAACUGGCUUUUAGCUUUUUUUUUCUUCUCUGUUUUUGUAAAUUAUUCAAUAAAAUUCAUUACCUCGAUGCACAAGA